CUGGAUCUCUAUAAAAUCCCAACAGUUUCGUAAUUUCGAUUCACCCAAUCAUACGACGCUGCAAAAAUCUUGGGUUGCAAGUAAACAAAGGGGAUUUUCUGUGGGUGUUGGUCAACAACAGGAGGUUUUUGAGAAGAAAACCUACAGAAAAUCAGCACCAUAAUUCAUCCACGAAGAACAUGAAGAUUACUGUAAUGACCAGCGAUGAACAAAUUAUUACCUUAGAAGUGGAUCGUAAUGAAUCCGUGGAAAAUUUGAAAGCUCUACUUGAGAUCGAGAGUCGAGUUCCACUUCAACAACAACAGCUGCUUUACAAUGGAAAGGAGAUGAAGAAUAUCGAGACACUGAGUGGUUUGGGUGUUGCUGAUGGAGAUUUAGUGAUGAUGGUUUCCAACAGCUCUUCUUUGACGGUUUCUAGCAAUGAAAUAUUAAACCCAGAUGGAUCUGCAGUGAAUCCAGCAGCGUUUCAGCAGCAGAUCAGAAAUAAUUCAGAUUUGAUGGCCCAGUUGUUUCAGAGUGAUCCUGAGUUGGCGCAACUCAUUCUUGGGAACGACCUAAACAAGUUGCAGAACCUCUUAAGGAUGCGUCAUCGUCAGAGAUCUGAAUUACAUCGGCAGCAAGAAGAAGAGAUGGCACUACUUUAUGCCGACCCUUUUGAUGUGGAAGCACAAAAGAAAAUUGAAGCUGCAAUCCGGCAGAAAGGUAUUGACGAGAACUGGGCUGCUGCGCUAGAACACAACCCUGAAGCCUUUGCAAGAGUGGUCAUGCUUUAUGUUGACAUGGAAGUCAACGGUGUUCCCAUUAAGGCCUUUGUCGACAGUGGGGCCCAAUCAACCAUAAUUUCUAAAAGCUGCGCGGAGCGAUUGGGAUUGCUGAGGCUUUUGGACCAGCGUUAUAAGGGCAUUGCUCAUGGAGUUGGCCAGUCGGAGAUUCUUGGUCGUAUACAUGUUGCUCCAAUCAAGAUCGGGAAUAACUUCUAUCCUUGUUCUUUCGUGGUGUUGGAUUCUCCCAAUAUGGAAUUCCUUUUUGGAUUAGACAUGCUUCGUAAACACCAGUGCAUAAUUGAUCUGAAAGAUAAUGUCUUGAGAGUUGGGGGAGGAGAGGUUGCCGUACCAUUCUUGUCAGAAAAAGACAUCCCACGCCAAUUUCUAGACGAGGAGAAGCAAUUGAAGGAAGCUUCUAGCUCCGGAGCUCAAGGUUCAUCUGGAUCAGCAGGGAGGAGUAACAUCUCAACACCCUCUGGUGGUCAAUCUUCAGGGCCUGCACGUGGUGGUGCGACACAUGAAGCUGAAUAUGAAGGGAAAAUUGGGAAGCUGGUUGAGCUAGGGUUUAGUAGAGAAGCAGUGAUACAAGCUCUAAAGUUUUUUGAUGGCAAUGAAGAACAAGCAGCUGGAUAUCUAUUUGGGGGAUGAACAUGAAUAGACCUGUGAUUGACUGAUUGUGCCAUUAUAAUUAAUUUACCAACCCCAGAUGUGUACAUUGUGACUUUAUAAUUUAUAAUGAAUCGAAAUGACUUAUUUUGAACGUGUAAA